AUGAGAGGUGGCGGUCGCCAGGGUGAGGUGCAGUGGAGCUCGCUACGGCCGACUUAGAGACGUGAAUGUAAGUCAGCGGAAAUGUCCACUGAACAAAAUUCUUGGACACGCCUGUUCACGGCUCAGAAAAUAGCCCUGGGCCUGGGCAUCCCAGCCAGUGCUGCAGUCGCCUACAUCCUGUACCGCAGGUACAGGGAGAGCAGAGAAGAGCGGCUGACGUUCGUUGGGGAGGAUGACAUUGAAAUAGAGAUGCGAGUUCCCCAGGAAGCUGUGAAGUUCAUCAUUGGCCAGCAAGGAGCCAAUAUUAAACAGCUGCGGAAACAGACAGGUGCUCGUAUUGAUGUGGACACAGAGAAUGUAGGCGAUGAGCGAGUGCUGCUUAUCAGUGGUUUUCCUGUUCAGGUGUGCAAGGCCAAAGCUGCGAUCCAUCAGAUCCUGAUAGAGAACACCCCAGUGUCUGAGCAGCUCUCAGUUCCCCAGAGAUCUGUGGGCAGAAUCAUAGGAAGAGGCGGUGAGACGAUUCGUUCUAUCUGUAAGGCCUCUGGAGCCAAAAUUACCUGUGACAAAGAAUCAGAGGGGACAUUACUACUAUCAAGACGUAUAAAAAUCUCAGGAACACAGAAGGAAGUGGCAGCAGCCAAGCAUUUGAUACUGGAGAAAGUUUCAGAAGAUGAAGAACUUCGGAAGAGAAUUGCACAUUCUGCAGAAACCAGAGUUCCACGCAAGCAACCAAUCAGUGUGAGAAGAGAGGAACUCACAGAGCCGGACAGAGCUGGAGAGCCAGCAAUAGGGAAAAACAUGAGUUCUAGCAUGGGGCAGCCUGCUCCCCGGGCAGUUACUCCCCACAAAGGAGGCGGUGACAUGGCUGCUGUGGGGCCAAAGGAAAGCUCCUGGGAGAAACCUAAUGAUGACAGCAUUCAGAAGUCUGGCGCCCAGGCCAUUCCGGAGAUGUCUGUGUACGAAAUCCCCAGUCCUGACUUCAGUUUCCAUGCCGAUGAGUACCUAGAAGUCUAUGUCUCUGCAUCUGAACACCCUAACCACUUCUGGAUCCAGAUAAUUGGCUCCCGCAGCCUGCAGUUGGAUAAGCUUGUCAAUGAGAUGACCCAGCACUAUGAAAAUAGCCUGCCUGAAGAUUUGACUGUGCAAAUAGGAGACAUUGUAGCAGCACCUUUACUUACAAAUGGUUCCUGGUAUCGAGCCCAGAUCCUUGGCACCUUGGAAAAUGGGAACUAUGACCUCUACUAUGUUGACUUUGGAGAUAAUGGAGAUUGUCCACUGAAAGACCUCAGGGCACUCAGGUCAGUGCAGAGGCCAGAAUGGAGUAUAAUCCCCACCCUGUCAGCACUGGCCCCUUCUGAGGUUUGCUCCUACAAUCUUUUGCCAGGUGAACAGUGGGAAGAGGAAGCAUUGGAUGAAUUUGACAGACUCACUCACUGUGCUGAUUGGAAGCCCCUUAUGGCCAAGAUCUCUAGCUAUGUCCACACUGGGGUCUCAACGUGGCCAAAGAUCUACUUAUAUGACACUAGCAGUGGGGAGAAACUUGAUAUUGGGCUAGAAUUAGUUCGUAAAGGAUACGCAGUUGAGAUUCCUGAAGACAUGGAAGAAAACAGAGGUGUCCCAGACAUGUUGAAGGAUGUGGCCGCAGACACAGAUGCCUCUCUCAUCUCUGUGUUCACUGAGACCGAAAAGAGUCCUGGAGGGAUGACAUAUACCCUACCCUCCCCCAGCUUGUCGGAACCUGCCUCUGUGUCUGGUCAUAACCUUGAAGACAACUCCUCACUCUCAACAGGACUCAGCUUGCACAGUCAUCUCCUUUGCUGUGAGUGGAGCCAUCAUCUGUCUGUAACAACAGGAAAGUAAUGAGGGUGACAACAGGGGCCUUGCUUGACAACUCCUUGCCUGUUCCCUGUCUUAAUAUGCUUCUGUGCAGCUGCUUUCUUAUAGUUAAAUUUGCA